CGCCCGGAGCCUGGGGACAGAUCAGACCUUUUGUGACAAUGCCUGAAAUAAAUUUUGAUAAGUUGGAUAAGGAGCAAGUUCAACUGCUCUCAGAGAUGUGCAUUCUUAUUGAUGAAAAUGACAAUAAAAUUGGAGCUGACACCAAGAAGAAUUGUCACCUGAAUGAAAAUACAGAUAAAGGAUUAUUGCAUCAAGCUUUUAGUGUCUUCUUGUUUAACGAUGAAAAUAAGCUACUGCUGCAACAGAGAUCAGAUGCUAAAAUUACCUUUCCAGGUUGCUUUACCAAUUCCUGUUGUAGUCACCCACUUAGUAAUCCAGGAGAGCUAGAAGAAAAUGAUGCAAUUGGAGUAAGAAGAGCCGCUCAGAGGCGUUUGAAGGCCGAAUUAGGAAUUCCAAUGGAAGAGGUUCUUCCAGAAGAAUUUACUUAUCUAACACGGAUGUAUUACAAGGCCCAGUCUGAUGGUAUUUGGGGAGAACAUGAAAUUGAUUACAUUUUGUUUUUGAAGAAGAAUGUGACUUUGAAUCCAGACCCCAAUGAGAUUAAAAGCUACAGUUAUGUGUCAAAGGAAGAACUGAAAGAACUUCUGAAAAAGGCAGCCAAUGGUGAAGUUAAGUUAACUCCUUGGUUUAAGAUUAUUUCAGAAGCUUUUCUCUUUAAGUGGUGGGAUAAUUUAAAUCAUUUGAGUCAGUUUAUUGACCAUGACAAAAUACAUAGAAUGUAAAUAGGGAAGUGAGUGAUUAGUAAAAUACUGAAAUUUUUAAGCAAUUUGGUUCCUAAUUCACAGAUACCUUAUUUGAAAAUUUGAUACUUUGCAACCAGAGAUUGUGGGGGAAAGACAAAUUUAUUUCACACACUCAUUUAUGUGCUAUCUGUAAAAGCCACAUACCAGAAAUAGUUGGGAAAAAG